GUUUGGGCAAAGAAGAAGUCCCGAACUAGAAUGCACUAUAUAAGGCUGUCGACGAUCUGUCUCGAUCAGUUCAUUUCGUCGUCGGUGCCGAUUAGUUCCCAGAUUCGUCCGCUCAAACGCACUAAAAUCUUAUUUCAAAAUGAAAUUCUUGAUCGCUUUCGCAGUGCUGCUGGCCGUUGCUUCGGCUCGUCCGGAUGUGAUGGUGAAGAACCAGGAGUUGGACAUCGGGCCCGAUGGCACGUUCAAGCACAACUAUGAACACGAUGACGGAACUGCGGCCCGCGCCGAAGGCAAUGCCAACAAUGUCAACGGAUUCUACCGCUACAGGACUCCGGAAGGCGAAAACGUCGAGAUCAGCUACGUGGCCGAUGCCCUUGGCUAUCAUCCGCAGGGAGCUCACGUUCCCGCUCAGCUGACUAAAGUGUUGAGCUACAUUCGUUCCAACUACAAAUUGUAAUAAACGGCUGAGUGCCAACGCAAAAAUA